CUGUGUUAAACCUACCGCCCUCUAUCCGUUGUGUACAGUCAAUUGUUUCCACAAUGUUGACACGUUGCGACGUUCUUGACGACUGGCGUUUCGAAAAGGAGUGGAAACUUUGAAAUACACGUGAACGCGGAAUAUCACAAGCAACGUCGACCAGGAUCGCAACAUGUAUCGGCUGAGAAAAUAUAUUUGUUGAAGUUGUCAAGUCCUCGUGGAGAUCGGACUAACGCGACAACGCCGACAACACCAUGACACGGACGAACAGGUUGGUCCGUUGUUGAAAUGUUUACGAGGAAGAGACGUCGCAACAUAGAAGAAGAAUCUAGCGAAUUUAUGCCAUUGAGCAAACGGAUCAACAAUCUUCAUAUCAAUGGUUUGAAUACAGUGGCAGGGAAUACGGUGGAGAGCAUGGAGACUGCGUGGGAAAGUGGCAUCUUCAUGUCGUCUCCAAGCUGCUCGGAGGUGUCUCAAACGUCAUCGCCCAGAGGCAGCUGUGGUUCCAGCCAAAGCAACUUUACCAGUGAUUAUAGACCAGAUUUAGGUGCGACGGAGAAUCCUUUUUAUUACGAGAGCAAUAAAUUGCUCUUUUCCUUGUACAUGGAACGCGUGCAGAGGAGACCGGAUUUGUAUUGAUUGAAACGCGCACGUUCCAUUUGGCUCGCGAAACGGACUCGUCCUCCCGAGAUUUAGCCAGCUCGUCUCGCUGUUUCUUUUGUCAUUCUCCUAUGUGAUAUACUUGACACGUUUCACGUUCCUUUUCUCUUUUCAUUAUCCUUUCCCGGUCACGCACUCGGAUAAUGGUAAAGCGUCCCAUGUUGCGGCAAUAAAAUCGAUAUAUAAAACUUUUCUAAGAGACAGCGAUAAAUGUAAGAUUCAAGAUUCAAUAUACAAUCGGUAGAAUUUUAAGCAUCUAAUAGUGGAUAAAAUUUUAUGUAAAUGAGAGUACACGAAUCAUUAACACGACAUCGUAAAAAUUGUGGCAUUCCUUUA